UGGCAACAAAUGGCCACAAACCGAUCAAAGGUGAAAGUGACGGUGAACCAGACAGAGCAGUCAGUGGCUGCAUAAAGCAGGACGGCAUGGAUAUUACACACCGGGACGGAGUACCUCAGGAAAUAAAACUGUUCCUGAUAAACAAUGGGAAUGUGUCUCAGGAUCAGGUCGAGGAUAAUGACCAGGAGAUCCGCCGCUGCCAUGGCUCCCAGGAAUAUGAGGAAGUCGUUCAGCCCAUUGACACUAUUGGAGAAGAACAGGGACAGCCCAUUCGGUGCCUCCAACAUAUUACUCAGGAAGAGAAGGAUUCUAGUGUGAUGGGCCACACCAGAGCCCCUCGACAAUAUUUGAAGACGGUAGCCUAGACUCUAAUGUUUUUUAUUUUAAAGAAAAUGUGAAGUGUCUGUUCCAGAUGCAAUGUGAGUGGUCAAACAACUCGGUGUGAAGCAUAACACCAUUUACUUAAACACGAUAGAUGAAAUAAAACCAAAGAAAGAAGAAUUUAGAAUAAUGUAAUUAUAUUGGACGAGUUAACAGAAUAAUAGAUCUAGGAACUAAUACGAAUGAACUGUUCUUAUACUGGAAAUCACAUGAACACAGCCCUCGGAAAAAAGGAAUAUUCAGACACUGAAUGACACAAAUAUUUCUCCAAUUCAGGAUUUAAAAACAGCACCAAGAGAAAAUCCAUACAGAGUAGCUGCCAGGAGACAUUCACUAAAGUUUUCAACUCGGUGGAGACCCCAAUAAUUUCUGAUGGUACUGAGAAACCAAAACCCAGAAAUCCUAAUCUGUGAGAGCUGACCAUACCCAUUCCAUCUGCAUUAAAAUAAACCUAAGGCCUCACUAGUUGUUCACUCAAGUGGCCCUAACUAGCCAGCUUGGGAACGGUCAUUCAAUCUCUCUCGUUAAAGAAACCAGAACAAAAUAACAGCAUCAUCACACUAGUCAGCACAUCGAGCUGUUAUACAGGAACCAGGGGUAACCCAAUCAGGCCCUUGGCCCUGUCCAAUCGGACGAGGAAGAAGCCAGUCAGUCCCUUGAGUCACUUACACAGGAACAGUAGGAGGCCAUUCCCACCUCAAUGCACUUACACAGGGACAGAAUGAGCUAAUUGAUGCUGAUUCCUGAUGAAUGGCUUAUGCCCGAAACGUCGAUUCUCCUGCUGUGCUUUUCCACCAAACUACGGUCUACUCUGAUCUUCAGCAUCAACAAGCCUCGCUGUCUCCUAACUGAUGCUCUAACAUGAUGAACAAGUGGAUCAGAGGCUGCACAGACAGACUGCUCCACGUUGUUCCUCGUAGCUCCGUCUGUCAUGAUACACACGUGGGACUUUAACGGCGUUUUCUACUGGUGAGGAGGAAAGCCAUAUGUCUUGUGUGAGGUCACAAGAAGGCACCUUCCAUCUCCGAGAAGCCAGCCUGGUGUUCUCUAUGUAGGGUGGAAGUGGAUGGGAAUGGCUACCUGUUUCAGAUGGCAAGUAUUGUGGCUGCUGUUGGGGAUUGUGAACAACCUGACGUUCAGUACGGGUUUACACGCCGACUGCACAAUAACGUGGGGAGAGUUAAUUUAGGCAUAUAAACUAUUAGGAAAGUCACGUUAGACUGAUAAAUGGACUCUCUAAGUUCAAAUAAUGCUGAUCGUGUUCAUGUUGAUCUUGUCUAGUGCACGUGCUGUUCAAUGUAACCGUUAUGCCUUACUCUGUCCAAGUCUAUUUCCACCCUAUGACCUGCCUGGCCAUGUUUACUGUGAUCUUCCUCCACUGCUCAUAACUAAAGCGUUUUCCUGUACUGAGGUACACAUGACAAUAAAUCAAACCAAUCAAUCCUGGGUAAAGUCUGGAAUGUCUCUCCCUGUCAAUAUCUCUUUUGGAAAUAAGUGAUCACUGCCACUCCUCGUGUUUCAGCGUCACCAUUUCUUCUUCUCUCACAGCUCUACUGAUUAAACACUCAGC